CUUCUCUGAAAUGAUCUAUGCUUUUUAGCAGAUUUGAUUUCAUUUUCGUCUUCAUCAAAAUUCUUCCUUCAUAUUUUUUUAAACGCCAGUUAUAUUCUGAGUUUUCUUCUAAUUUUUACAACAUACAUUGGCUAGAUUCUACCAUGAAAAAUGUACAAGUCGUUAAAUAAUGAUAUAAUGCACUCAAAGAAUUUACAUCAAACUAUCAACAAAAGUGAUGGCUAGAUCUAUUCUUCGAUUUCUUCAUAUUACAUACUCAUAAUACUCAUGAAGACAAGUGUUGAGGGUACAAUGGGGGAGAAACUUCCCCCAGGCUUCAUAAUUAAGUCUAUAGAGUGGGAUAUGAUGGACAAAGUAAAAUUUGUCCCCUUGUCGAUACUGAGUUCAUUUUCUGUGCGUUGUGCAUUAUAUCCUUUAACUUUGAUAAAAACGAGACUACAAAUACAAAAACAUAAUGCUUUAUAUAACGGGAUGCUAGAUGCAUACGUCAAAAUAUACAAAGGUGAAGGUUUUUCUGGUCUAUAUAGAGGUUUUUGGCUUUCAUCCAUUCAGCUGGUCAGUGGAGUUUUUUAUAUUUCAAUAUACGAGGAUACAAGGCAGAUUUUAGCAAGACGGGAUAUCCUGAAUUCAAAAAUGAGAUCUUUUGUUGCUGGUGCAGCUGCAAGUGUAGUAGGUCAAUCAAUUGUGGUACCAUUUGAUGUUUUGAGUCAACACUUGAUGAUGAUGGGUCUACAAAACAAUGUUAAGGAUAAGGGAUUGAAAGUUGCAUUCAAUCCAUUGGAAAUAGAUGCUUCACCAGGAAGAAGUAAAUUUGCAAUAACUAUGGAUGUUAUUAGAAAAAUAUUGAAAGUAGAUGGUAUUGGCGGUUUUUAUAGAGGGUAUUUUGCUAGUUUAUCAGUUUAUGUUCCUAAUUCCUCACUAUGGUGGGGCUUCUAUCAACUUUAUCAAGAUCAACUGUUUGCUAUAGCACCAGUAUGGGUGUCCCAACUGUUGAUUCAAACCAUAUCAGGGACACUAGGGGGUUUCACAACUGUUAUCAUCACAAACCCUUUGGAUAUUGUGAGAACAAGAAUGCAAGUUCAAAGAUUUGACUCCAUGGCACUAGCAUUCAAAGGACUGUGGAAAGAAGAAGGCUUAAAAAUGUUUGCCAAGGGUUUAAGUGCAAGACUGAUACAAUCUGCUAGUUAUAGUUUUGGUAUAAUUUUAGGUUAUGAAACGAUAAAACGCGUAUCUGUUAAAGAAGAAUAUAAAGAAUAUGUGAGAUGGUAAUUGACGGGAAUGUUGAGGAGUUUGGAAAAACUUUUAGUACAAUAUGAGUUCAUGAUCGUUUCUUAUUUGAAACUUCAGUUAGUGAAAUAUUUAGGAAGUAGUGAAUACAUACCUCAAAGAUCGUACACUUCACUUGUGAAGUGCUUUGAUCUGAAUAUACAUUAAUAUUUGAUUUUGGCAGCAAGUUUAUGAUUUUAAACACGCCAAACGUUUUCAAUCUGUUCACUAGUUUUAAUUUACCCAGAAUAGUACAAAAUGCCACUGUGUUAUGUAUAUUUCUGAACAUUUUCAUCUGUGAAAAUAAUUCAGGUUGAAAAUCUGAAGCGAUUUUUUAAUGAUGUAAGCCAAUUUUGGUCUUAGUGAGAUUCAAGCAAUGAUAUUCUUCGUAAAGAGUGAUUGCUGUAAUAUUAUAUGUAAACGAACUUGCUGGUGCAGAUGCAAUAAAUGACGAGGACGAAAAUGAAUAAACAAUUCCAACAA